ACAAGCAAAGAAAUACCAACAGAAAAGCUUCAGUACUAAAAGCAAAACAUGACCUUUCCAGCAAACCUUUUUCUCUUCCUUCAUAAUAGAUCUUUCAAGUUGCUUUCAAAUAUAACUACAUGAAGCCCUAGCUAGCUAGACUCUUUAUAUUCAAUUCCCUAUCUAGCUAGCUAUUAUUUUGUCAUUAUAAAAAGCUUCUAACUCCACCAGAACUUUUUCUUAACAACUCUAAUUUUUCAGCUUCUAUAGUUUUUUCUUUGCUAUGGAGGAAAUUACUACUCAUGAGUACUUGAUGUGGAUGAAGAGAAAGCAAAUAUUGAAGUCACAUAUUCAAGCACCAAUAUUUGCAGCCUGCAACAACAACUCUUGGGAGGAAAGGGCUUUUGCAGAAGAUGCAGCUAGGAUACUUGGUGGGUGCAUGUGGCCUCCAAGAUCUUACUCAUGUCACUUCUGUAAAAGAGAGUUCAGGUCUGCUCAAGCUCUUGGGGGCCACAUGAAUGUGCACAGAAGGGACAGAGCUAGGCUCAAACAAAAUCUUAGCCAACCCCUUCAAAAUUCUAAUCAUCACAAAGAUCAUAAUUUUACAGCAACUGGACACUUGACUUCUAGGCCCUCAACAAUAUCCACACGAGAAAAUUCUUGUAAGGGGUGUCCUGAUUCUGAACCAAAAGUGAAAGUCAAUGCAAAGGAAGAAUUUUUAAAAGGUUUUGGUAUUCAUGAUUAUGUUGAAACUACUUUAUCUGUGGGACAAAAUUCUGUUUUUAGCAAAAAAGUGGCAACUGAUUCAUGUGGAGAGCUUGAAGAAAUCAGUUAUAAAAGACCAAAGAUUUCUAUUCCUGUCAUCCUCAAGCCAUGUUCAAAUGAUAGAGGACUAACAUUCCAAUCUGCAGAAUUUGUACUUGGACUUAAGCCUGGAAUGGAAGACUUGGAUCUUGAACUCAGGUUGGGGAAACCUCAGAAAGUUUAGUAAAUAGGACAGAGAGAAGAAGAUGGAAUGUCAGUGUUUUGCUCUUUGUCUUUUUCUUUUAGGUGCAUGUUGAUAGAAAAUAGGCAAGAAAUUAAACCUUUUCUUCAUCUAGCUAAAUAUUGAAUAGAAUGAAAAGGUUUAUUUCCAUGAAAAUGUUAUUUUUGAAUACUAAUUCUAUCUCUACUUGCAUGUAUCUUACCUGAUUUCUUGAAUAUAUGUGUACAUGUUUUACUUCUC